AUGACGGAACAAAACCAGGUUAAAAGACAGAAGACUGAGGAGUCGUCAGCUAGACCCCAAAACGUCGGUAUUAAGGGUAUCGAAGUGUACAUACCAUCCCAAUGCGUGAACCAGGCAGAACUGGAGAAAUUUGAUGGCGUUUCCGCUGGUAAAUACACCAUUGGCUUGGGUCAAACCAACAUGGCUUUUGUGAACGAUAGAGAAGACAUCUACUCCAUGAGUUUGACCGUUUUGCACAGAUUGCUAAAAAACUACAAUGUCGACCCCAACAGCAUUGGACGUCUGGAAGUCGGUACAGAGACCCUUCUCGACAAGUCCAAAUCGGUCAAGUCGGUUUUGACGCAACUUUUCCCCGAAAACAAGGACUUGGAAGGUGUAGACAAUGUUAACGCCUGCUACGGUGGUACCAGCGCGCUUUUCAACUGUAUCAGCUGGAUCGAGUCGUCGUCUUGGGACGGCCGUGACGCCGUCGUGGUUUGUGGCGACAUCGCAAUUUACGACAAGGGAGCCGCCCGUCCCUCUGGCGGUGCCGGUACCGUGGCAUUGCUGAUCGGUCCUGAUGCUCCAUUGGUAUUCGACCCCGCUAGAGGAACCUACAUGGAUCAUGUUUACGAUUUUUACAAGCCAGACUUCACCAGCGAAUACCCUUACGUCGACGGCCACUUCUCGUUGAGUUGUUACGUCAAGGCGCUCGAUCAAGCCUACAAGUCCUACUCCAAAAGAGCUAUUGCCAAGGGAUUGGUCGCGGAACCAGCUGGAGCCGAAGCUGUCAAUGUCGCCAAGUAUUUCGACUACAACGUUUUCCACGUUCCAACCUGCAAAUUGGUGACUAAAUCUUACGGCCGUUUGCUGUACAACGACUUCAGAGCGAACCCAUCUCUAUAUCCUGAAGUCGAUGCCUCACUAGCUCAGGUCGAUUACGAAGCAAGCCUUGUCGACAAGAGCAUCGAGAAGACCUUCGUCGGCGUCGCCAAAGCUCUUCAGAAAAAGAAGGUCGACCCCUCUUUGAUCGUCCCCACCAACACCGGUAACAUGUACACUGGUUCGACCUACUCAUCCUUGGCAUCCUUGAUCUUCUACGUCGGGUCAGAGGCUUUGCAAGGAAAGCGAAUCGGAUUGUACUCUUACGGAUCUGGCCUUGCAGCUUCUUUCUUCUCUUUGAAGGUUGUCGGCGACGUGUCGCACAUUGUCAACGUUCUCAACAUUGACAAGAAGUUGCAAUCCAGAACUACCGAGUCUCCAGUGGACUACGAGGCUGCUAUUAAGCUAAGAGAAGAAGCGCAUUUGCAGAAGGAUUUCGUUCCAAAGGGAACCACCGAUCUGCUCCAACCUUCUACCUACUACCUAACAAAGGUUGAUGAUAGAUUCAGAAGAGAAUAUGCUCUCAAAGAGUAA